UUCAACGUCAACCGCCGCUCCAAGUCCAACAUUGGUGCGCCAUAUUCUGCCACUCCUCCUCGAAAAUGAUUGAGAGACGUUGAAAGAGGAUUACAUGCGAGGCUGCAAGCCUAACCGACCUCCCUUGUCUUCGGCAUCAUAUCAAAUGCAUCGGCGAAAUCAGCGCCGCUUGCCACUGUACAAGCGUCACGCUGCGAAUGGCGUGCAAAUAUCAAUAACAUCUACGAGCAUGCCAACAUUCAUGAUGGAGACCAGAACUUGAGUGGGGAUGGUGACUCAACGUCGUUAUACUUAAUGUGUUCAUGUUGCUUAGUGUACUUUAACGUCGAAUGCCCCCCCACAUGUUGUCUA